AUGGGAAUGAGCAAUACCAUCCACGUCUCUGGUUUCCCUAGGGAUACUAGAGCAAGGGACAUGGCGGCUGAUUUCGAGUCGAUUGGCAAAGUUGUCCGAAUUGAUAUUCCCCCUAUGAGGCCUUUCCAGGAUAGGCCAUACGCAUUUGUUCAGUACGAAACACACGAGGACUGCGAAAGAGCUGUAGAGGCAUUGAGUGGACGCACGUUUUCAUUGGACACGCGAUUCAAGUACCAUGUACAGCUGGCGCGAUCAAGACCAUAUGCUACGAAGGUUCCGGGCCCUGCGGGUAGAACUGCGGGUAGGCCAUAUACUGAGUUCCGAGACACCAGAGGAGGUAUGCUUAGUGGCUACAGGGGAAGAAAUCAUAGAGAACUAGAUCCGCGCGACUUCAGAGGUGUAGGCAGAGGUCUUUCCGGUGGUUACCGAACCGACUCCAGGGUUCAUAAGUUCAGAGAACCACGGCAAUAUCGUGAUAGAGAACCUCCCAAGGCAUACGAGAGCAUCAGUCCGUACCUACAUGACGUAGCACAUCCUCUUUCACCUGAUGGCUAUGUUCCUCAAUCUCUUACCACUGCAGACUCCCCCGCAAAAUCCUUUGACUCAAGCGUAAAGGAGGAAACCCAGUCAUCGAAGCCGUCAUAUGCCGAUCGUAAUGGAAGCCAUUCCGACACCCCCCAAACACAGCAGCCUGAAGGUUCACCAGCACAACCUCACACUGAUGAAAACAAGGGUUCUCAUGAGCUGAUGGCACAUGGCGCUCAUGGUGCGUCUCAUGGAGUUGAUAACAGUAACCUUGCAGAUAGCGCCGAUAAAAGCCCCGGAUCCGGUGAAAACCCUAGCGCUGCAAGCCAAGCUCUCGGCGAUCUUUCCUCUCACACAGACAACAAUUUGCCUUAG